AUUUUGUCAAUUUUUGUGUUUGCACGUGUUUUGCUCUAGUUUAAAAAGUGUUUAAUCUCUAUUUUCACAAUCUUUCGAAAUGUUCCGACUUGAAAAAAAAAAUUAACUUCGAAGAAUACUGGAUAGUGAUGCCUUAUUUGAUUUUUGUUAUAAAUUCUGGUAUAAAAGUGUUUAUUUGAAAAAGAAACUAGCACUAUGGGUUUAACAAAACAGUAUUUGAGAUACGUUCCUGCCGGUAUUUUAAAUAUAAUUGCUAGCCAAAAAUGCAAUGUUGUUUUUGUUACAUUGGAAGCACAAGAAGGCAGAUUUGUAGCUGCUGGAGCGAGUGAACAUGUUUUUAUUUGGGAUCUACGUCUUGGCGAAAAGGUUCAAGUAUUGUCAGGUGAAAAUUCUGAUGUCUCACAUCUGGCAGCAUCGCCAAAUAAAAGGCAUAUUGCAGUUGGAUAUGUCGAUGGAACAAUAAAAACAUUCGACUUGCGUUCUGGAGAAAACAUCAGUAUUUUCGUAGGCCAUCGUUCUGAGAUUACUACUUUGGCUUACGAUUCUUUAGGUCAUCGAUUAGCUUCUGGUUCAAAAGACACAGAUAUUAUAUUGUGGGAUGUUGUGGCAGAAACAGGAAUAUGCAGAUUGGUAGGACACAAAGGAAUUAUUACUGCCUUGUCUUUUAUGAACAACCAUAAUAUUCUCAUCAGUUCUAGUAAAGAUACGUUCGUGAAGUUUUGGGAUCUCGACACAGAACAUAAUUUCAGAACAAUUGUUGGACACGGAUCAGAGGUAUGGGGACUCGUUUUAGUAAAAGAUGGAAAAUAUUUAGUAACUGGUUGCAGCGACAACGAAUUACGAGUUUGGAAAAUUUCUUUCGUGGACCCUUCGCAAAGCGGCAUCAGCGAAGCUCUAAAGAACCUAGUUAUUGAAGACAGUGAAGUUACUGACUCGAAAUAUCCUUUACGUUGCGAAAAGGUCGGUAGUGUCGCAAGAGCAGGAAAAGGGCGACUCGUUUCUCUUCGCACCGACGUAACAGGUCGGGUCGUCGCUUGCCAUGGAACAGAUAAUACCGUUGAACUUUUUUAUAUUCUAUCCGAGGAAGAAACAAAAGAAAAACUAGGGAGAAGAAUAAAGAAAGCAAAAAGGAAAUCAACUCAGGAUGGAACGUCGCAGGAAAUUUGUAUAGAAGCGAGUAUAAAAGACGAGUUGAGGAGACUUCCGGCUAUCGAAAUUAAAGUUGCCAACAAUUUAAGGCAAAGCAACAAAGUGAAGGCAGUCGAUUUAAUAAUGGGCAGAGACGAAGAGCUUAGGGUAUGCGUCGCAGGAAAUUUUAACAGUAUUGAACUUUAUUCAACAGCAGUAACGCAAAAAGAAGCUGAACCAAAUUGCCUUAGAUCUUUAGUCAGUCAUGGCCAUCGCACAGAUAUCCGAGCCAUUUGCUUCAGUUCUGAUAAUCUGGCUCUUGCAACUGCAAGUGGCGAUUCCAUCAAAUUGUGGAACAGACCAACUUUAGCGUGUUUACGAACAGUCGCAUGCGGAUACGCGUUGACAAUGACUUUCGUACCGGGUGAUAGGCAUUUAAUGGUAGGAAUGAAGGACGGAAAAAUGCUCAUAAUCGACAUCGCAUCCGGUGAUAUUUUGGAAGAAGUCCCUGCUCAUUCCAAAGAACUCUGGAGUAUAACUUUGUACCCUGACCUGAAAGGAGUUGCAACUGCAGGAGGAGAUCAAACUGUAAAGUUUUGGCAGUUUGAACUUAUCGAUGAUCCAGAGACGGAGUCCAAAGCAAAAGUACUCUCUGUUCUUCAUUUGAAAACCCUGAAAUUGGAGGAAAGUGUUUUGUGCGUUAGGAUCAGUCCUAAUAAUAAAUUUGUUGCUGUCGCUUUACUUGAUUCUACUGUCAAGAUAUUUUUCUUGGACACUUUCAAGUUCUGGAUAUCUCUUUACGGUCACAAACUUCCUGUACUGUGCAUGGAUAUCUCGAGUGAUUCGACUCUAAUUGCAACCGGGUCUGCCGACCGUAACAUAAAAAUCUGGGGUAUGGAUCAUGGAGAUUGCCACAAGUCGAUAUUCGCCCACGACGAUUCUGUGACCGGAUUGGCUUUUGUGCCCAAGACUCAUUACUUUUUCACUUGUGGAAAAGACGGAAAAGUCAAAGAAUGGGACGCCGAUAUUUUCCAAAAAAUCAUUACCCUCCAGGGACAUUCGGGGGAAGCUUGGAAUUGUGCCGUUUCGCCAAAUGGCACUUUUGUCGCGUCCUGUGGGUCUGAUAAAGUAGUGAGACUUUUCGAAAGAACAGCAGAGACACUCGUUUUGGAAGAUGAGGCUGAAGAAGAGAGAGAAAGACAAGAAAAUGAACUGGCAACGGGAGAAACUACUACUGUUCCGGGACAGAAGACGAUGCCGUUGCCUUCAAGGAAGACAGUCACGAGUGAAAAAGGGGCAGAGUUAAUUAUGGAAUGUAUAGAGAUAUCGAAAGAAUAUAAAGAACAAGAAUUAUCAAUCGAUCCCUCGAAACCAACACCUCCCCUACCUUUGCAAAUGCAGAUGUAUCAGUGUGAUUCAGUCGAAGAUUAUCUGUUAGAAAUCUUGAAAAGAAUCAGAGCAAGCGAUUUGGAUGAAGCUUUGCUCGUAUUGCCAUAUUCGGUAGCUUGUGAAGUAUUAAAAAUGCUUCCGAAAUUGCUCAAGAGACAAUAUAAAGCAGAAUUAGUCUCAAAAGUGGCUCUUAGUUUAGUUAAAGCGCACCAUGGUCCAAUCGUAGCCAGUCAGGAACUUUUGCCAAUUUUGGAAGAAGUUAAUAAACUUGCUAUGAAACAAAUUUCCAAUCUGAGGGAUUCGAUUGGAUUCAAUAUGUAUGGCUUGCUUUACAAUCAACGUUUGCUCGAAGAAAACGAAGGACUUCAACUUUUUAGGGAUGCAACUGACAAACGAAAACAUAAACAGAAAAUGAGAAGAAACAAAGAAAAGGCAGUGAAGAGAGCUCUUAUGACUUUGUAGAGGAAAUACAACAAAGAAAUGAAUCUUUAUUGUAAAUAUAUUUUUAGAUCUUAAA